AUGGAGAUUCACCUAGCCAAGCACAAUAAUUUUGAGAAUUCCGAUUCAGAGGACCCGUGUGAGGGCUCCAGCGAGACGAAACAGCUCUCAAUUGCUUCGAUAUUCCAGUCCCGAGCCGAGCAUGAUAUCAGAGCUUUACUAGAACAGAACAUACUUCGAUGGGUUGUGUCAGAUGAUGUAGUAUUUACGGCAAUCGAGUCACCUAUGUUCCAACAGAUAUUCAAGGACUUACCGGAUGCUCCUCUUCCCUUCUUUUCUCGGACGGUUGUUUGCUGUAUCGAUGCGGAUUUUGAUCGUUGUCGGAUCCAGUUGAUCGAUGAGCUAGCACGAACAUGCUCCACAAUUGCGCUUUCCUUGGAUGUCUGGACAAGCAAGAACCAGAAAGCCAUUUUGGGAGUUAUCGGCCACUGUGUUUCCACUGGCUUUAAACAUCAAGAACGAGUCCUAGAGUUCAGUGAGCUUGCUGGAUCCCACAGUAGGGAAAACAUGGCGGAACCUCUACAGAAGAUGCUUAUCGAGCCUCACUUUGAGGACAAGCUGCUUACAAUCACAGCUGAUAAUGCAUCAAAUAACGAAACGCUAGCAUCUGAGUUGUAUUUGAACCCAUUGGAAGACUGCAACUCGGAGAAUUACAUGGUGCCUGGUAAAGGACGUCUCCGAUUCCAAGGUAUUGACAGCUACAUCCGGUGCCUUGCACGUGUCCUUAACCUCAUGGUCCGCGACAUCCUCUCGGGGAUGAAAUGCGGAGAUCACAAACCUGCUAUUGAAGCCUGUGAUCUCUUGCAGGGAAAUAAGAAAAUCAGACGGCAGUCCGCGUUAGCCCGGAUUCGGAUCAUGGCUCGCUGGAUCUUGAGGACACCUCAACGACGACAGCAAUGGAAAGUGACUUGCCAAGCAAAUGGCUUGAAUGACAAGUUCAUCGAGUAUGAUGUGGAAACCCGCUGGAACUCCACAUACCGGAUGAUCAAGGGAGCCUUGCAAGCCAAAACACAGAUCCGGAAGUGGAUAGAGCAUCAGACCCAGUUCCCUUCCUUUUCGGCUGACGACUGGUUGCAGCUACAACAGCUGGAAAUGACCCUCUCCAAGUUCGAUGAGUUCACUCAACUGGUUUCCCGGCGACAAACCCAGAUCAGCCUAGCUAUUCACAUCUAUUCCGAACUGAACGAUAUGCUUGAAGAUGCAGCUUCUGCACAAGGCGGCUUUUCGGGGCUUAGCUCUGUCAUUACGUCUGCCGUCUCCGCGGGGAUGAAGGAAUACAAAUAA